CAAACUGUCAAACGUCAAAGUUAAACAGGUGUCAAUAUUUUUAACAAAAUGAUAAAAACACAAAAAUUACAUUAAAAUAACGCAUAUAGUAAAUACAAUGGCUUUCUUAGAGUGGAGAAAAUUCCAUUUCUUCGAUUUACACCCCAACGUAGACGAUGGUAAAUUAAGCGAAUUAUUCAAGGAGAAUAAAAUAACAACAACAUCCAGCGGAAACAACCACCUAGUACUGAGCGAUUCCCUCGGGCAGAUAUAUCUAGUAUCCCGGUCAUGGCACACUUCCUGCUUCAGGGCCUACGAGAUAAGCGUGGACUUCACGCAGCAAAUGACGAGCGCCCCCAUUUUGGUCACUAUCGGGCAAGACGAGCCAGGCGUUAACCCGUUGAUAAAAGUCUGGGACACGAGCAGAUUGGACAAAAACGGCUCUCCGUAUUGUUACAGGAUAACCAGAGCCUUACCGGGUAACAGGCCGGUUCAAGUUAGCGCUUUGUGUGUACACGAUAAUUUACAAUUAAUGGCCGUCGGAUUCAUCGAUGGAUCUUUAAUAAUAUACAGAGGCGAUGUCACCAGAGAUAGGAGUUCCAAGCAGAAGGUCCUGCGAACAUCGAACUCCUUCAUAACAGGAUUAGCUUUCAAAUCGACAGCUUCGAAUGUGUUUCUAUUCGUUGCCACCGAAGCUUUAGUCGUCGUUUAUAAUGUCACUCAAAAGGAUAAAGAACAAAAGUACCAUUUGGAUAACAUCGGAUGCGCGAAAAAGUGCUGUGUAUUGGCCGAAUCGAUGCAAGAGAGCCAUUUUAUGAUCGGCAGGGACGAUGCCGUUUAUUGCUACACAUCGGACGGUAGAGGGCCGUGUUACGCCGUAGACGGCGAGAAAAUCGCCUUAGAAUGGUUCAGAAGCUACCUGAUAAUCAUCUCGAAAUCCACCAGAUCGACCAAUUUGACCGCGAUGCCGGCCUCCAACGAAAACUCGAUCAAUCAGUCGGUCGUAAACGAAACCAACUCGAUCACUGUGCUGGAUAUCCACAAUAAAUUCAUCGUGUUUUCCACGACGAUGCCCAAAAUCAAGGCGAUAUUGAACGAAUGGGGCGCUUUGUACAUAUUAGACGAGGCCAACAGGGUGUACCAUUUGGACGAGAACGAUUUACAAUCGAAAUUAUCGUUGUUGUUCAAGAAGAACCUCUACGAUAUCGCCAUUAGGAUAGCCAAAUCUCACCAGUACGAUUCCGACGGUUUGGUGAACAUCUUCAAGCAAUACGGAGACCAUUUGUGCGAUAAAAGUGACUUUUCCGGCGCUAUAGAGCAGUACAUCAAAACGAUCGGGAAAUUAGAACCGAGCUACGUAAUUCGGAAAUUCCUGGAUUCCCAACACAUCGAGAAACUCACCAUGUACCUGCAGGCCUUACACAAACGAGGCCAAGCCACGGAAGAUCACACCACCCUCCUGUUGAACUGCUACACCAAAUUGAACAAUUCCCUCGGACAAUCGGACAAUCUCAAGGAAUUCAUACUGUCCAAAGACGGCGAUUUCAGCUACGAUAUCGACGUGGCUAUAAAAGUGUGCAGGCAAGGGAGUCCAGCGGAGGCUCUCAUGCUAUCGAAGAAGCACGAAAAGCACGAUUGGUACAUCAAAAUCCAGCUCGAAGAUCACCGACGUUACGCCGAAGUGCUCGAUUACAUAGCCAACUUGAAGUUCGAAGAGGCCGAGCACUAUAUGAGAAAAUUCGGUACCGUGCUCGUCGAAAACGCGCCGCACGAAAGUACCCGAUUGUUGAAGAAAUUGUGCACCGAUUACAAACCGGCCGGCGCCGAAUGCGGCCCAUUGACAGGUAACUUCGAUGUGACGGUGAGAGCGGAUCCAGAAGAAUUCAUCCAUUUGUUCCUGAGCAAUUCGGAGAGAUUAAUCGAAUUCCUGGAGCAUCUGAUGGGCGAAGGAUCGGUUCUGAGCCGGCCCGUCUACAACACCCUGUUGGAGCACUAUUUGCACGUGUGGUCCAACUCGGAGAACGUAUCGGACAAGAACAAAUUGUCGCAGAAAAUUUUGAAACUGAUGCAAAACCCCGACGUCGAUUACGACAAGAGCCAGGCGCUGGUCGUGUGCCACAUGAAUUCCUUCAAAGACGGCAUUUGUAUUUUAGUUUUCAAUGGGAGAUUCGGGCACCAGGAACCCACGUUGUGGGUGCAAGCCUUGUGGUCGUGCGUUCGAAACAAAACCAACCCGUCCAUGGAUCUUUUGAACGAGAUUUUGACCGUAAUAGCCAAGGAAAAGUUGUUUUCGCCGCAAUUGGUCGUAGACGCCAUCGGUACGGGCAACGCCAACGUGACCUUGGGCCACAUCAGGUCUUAUAUAACGAACGAGUUGCAGCAGGAGCGGAAAAAAACCAAAGAAAUCGCCGAAUUGACGGCCAACUAUCGCAGGGAUACCGACAAGUUGAAGGAAUUGUUGGGGAAACUCAAGGAAGACGUCGUAGAAAUAAGGGGAUCUAGAUGCGCCGCCUGCCAUCACACGCUAGAACUGCCGAAGAUCCACUUCCUCUGCGAGCACAGCUUCCACCAGCACUGCUUCCAGAGCUUCUCCGACGACGAGAACGAAUGCCCCACCUGCCAGCCGGAGAACAAAGAUCUGCUCGAGCUGCUCAAAGCCCGCGAACACAACAAAGACCUGCACGAAACGUUCCACUCGCACCUCGAGAAGGCCCCCGACGGGUUCUCCGUCGUCGCCGAGUACCUCAGCCGGGGCGUCUUCAACCGGUACAAGAUCAUCGCCGACGAGGCGUUGCAGAAGACGUUGGAAAUGGCGCCGGAGAGGAACAACAACGUGAAACGGGAGCCGGCGACGGAGUUGGCGACGUACGGCGCGGGCGCCGAGGCGAGAUUGAGGCAGUCGGAGGUGAAGAGCAAGCCGAGGGCGGCGCCGGUGUCGGAGGGGAGGAUGAGGACGCAGGAGCACCGGUACAGCCAUUCGUUGGAGGCCAAUAUGGAGUAUUGGAAGCCGAAGAGCGUUGCGAAGAGUGCUGUGAAGAGUAAUCCUUUCCAGGGUGGUGGUGUUAGUUGUACAAAUCCGUUCGGUGAGGAGGAUUACGACGAGGCUAAGAAUCCUUUCAACGACGGGGAGGACGAGGACGAGGAUUCCGAUAGGAAUAAUCCUUUUAGAGAAGAUUUAAGGCCGUUUUAAGAUUCGGGUUUUUUAUUUCUACAAGGCUUAUAUAAUUUAUAUUAUUUAUAUACUAGUGUAUAAUGUUGCUGUUAAUUGUAUUUUUCCUAAUAAACAUUUAUAGAUAUCGCUGAAA